GCGCGUUCUGUGACGCAUGCGCACUAGGAAACCGGCAGCUCUUAGAUCUUAUUUUAUUGCAGAAACAGCAUGGACAGCAUGUUACACUUCAUGAAACUUGUAGGCCAAUUAAAGCGUGUUCCGAGGACUGGUUGGGUUUACCGGAAUGUUAAGCAACCUGAAAGUGUGUCUGAUCACAUGUACAGGAUGGCGAUGAUGGCGUUAACACUCCGAGACCCCAGUGUAAACAGAGAGAGAUGCAUGAAGCUGGCUUUAGUUCAUGACCUGGCUGAGUGCAUUGUGGGAGACAUCGCUCCAGCCGACAACAUCAGCAAAGCCGAGAAACACAGAAGAGAAAAGGAGGCGAUGGUUCGCAUCACAGGUCUGCUCACUGAAGAUCUGCGUAAGGAGCUGUACCAGUUGUGGGAGGAGUAUGAGAGUCAGUCGAGUCAUGAGGCCAAGGUGGUGAAGGAGCUGGACCAGCUGGAGAUGAUCCUACAGGCUCAUGAGUAUGAGGAGCUGGAGGGGAACCCGGGCCGACUACAGGAGUUCUUCACCUCCACUGAAGGCCGUUUUCGUCACCCAGAAGUCCUAGCACUGGUGAAGAGCAUAAACGAGGAAAGAGCAUGUCACAUGACGAAAGCAGGAGAGACAGGAUCAGAGAAAACAGCAGAGCUGAACUGCCACACGACAACGACAGACUCCUCAUGACCUGAUGGUUACAUAUCAGGAUGUACUGUACAUUUUUAUAGUUCAGAUCAUUCUCACCAACCAGGAUCCACCUGGAAACAAAAAAUACUGUUGUAAUGUUAGCAAAUCUUCAGAGAGCCUAUUUUGUACACCUGCACUUCUCCAUUAUAAUUAGUGUAAUUAUACUCCUAGACAUUCACAGCAGUAAUGAAUAGUGUCUGGGUUACCAUGAAAGUAUAGUAAAUCAUGGCUGAUCUCUUUUAACAAGACAAAUAGCUUUAACUGUGACUGUAUAACCCUGCACACUUUAUGUGCAAGCACACUGGGAAGUUUAUUGAGAUAUAGUGGACUAUUAAGACUUGGUUGAUGUACUAGAAUCGCUGUGGUGACCCCUGACCUCAUCAUUACACCAGGACCACUGAGGACCUCGUCAGAGUUACAGUGUUGAGUUCGCUAUAUAACCUGUGAAAGUCAUAUUUACUCAUUGUGGACUUGCUGCCAGUACUGUUUAUGCAGUUUCCUGUUCUUGAUCAGUGUGAUCAGACCUGUUCAGUGAUAACUGUUGGUCUUGUAUUAUGAUUUCGAGGUAGAUUAAUAUCUCACACUUGCUGUAGCUUAUUUUUUGUCUGUAUUGCCUUGCGUUAAAACAUAUAAACAUUUCACAGUAUUUAUGAAAAUGUUCAGUCUUAGCAAGGAACAAAGAGAAAAUAAAAAAUUGGUACAAAAAUAAA